CUGUCAUCAAAUUUCUGGUUCAGCACUGAAGGAUGGAAAAGUUGAACUUUAGUAUGUCUGGAGAAAACAGUUUAAAUUACAGCAACAUGAACCUGAACUCCAGUAACAUUAAUAACCGGAUGGACCUGAUUUUUUCUUUACAAAUCAUAAUGUGGAUGAACUGGAUCACCAUUGCCAUUGGACUUCCUUUAGUUCUUAUAGUGAUAAUUGCAAUUUUUUUCCAGGUGAAAAAGGGUCAAGAUGCUCCAGUUUAUGUCAUCAACCUUCUUGUCUCUGAUCUCAUUCAGUUCUGCUGCAGAAUUCCAGUAGAUCUAUAUAAUCCUGGUCUAUCCAUUGUCAUUUGCCCCUACAUUUUAUUUUAUGCUUUUAUUACCAGUGUUGGAUUCAUGUUGUGUGUCUCCUGUGAAAGGUAUCUGGUCAUUACCAAGCCACUGUGGUACAGAUUCAGGAGAAACAUCAAGACAUAUGUGGUGGUCUGCAUUGUGGUCUGGAUACUUCCACUUCUUUUUCUGCUAUUUGCUUUUCUGACUCUAGGUGUUCAGAUGGCUGCUUUCUCCCUCAUAGUUGUUCUCAUCCUGCCUUUUCCCUUGUUCAUCUUCUUCCUGGUUGGGACUAUCAAAGCUCUCUCUGGAGCUCUCAGUGUCCCAGCAGAUGAAAAACGACGAAUAGCAGCCAUUCAGGUUGUGGUGCUGAUUAAUUACACUCUGCUUUAUCUACCCAUCAUCAUUUUGCUUCUACAAGUCAUUGUAGUAUUGAAUACUAAACUUGGCAUUUUUUCUGUUGUUGUGGCUUAUGUUUGUGUUUGUCUUAGUCCUCUUGCAGACACAACUCUGUAUUUGUUAAGUCGGAAAAGCAUCAUGGAUAAAUUUCUGGCUUCAAUCUGUUCUUGUAAAACUUCUUCCAAUCUGGAAAUGAGCAGCACAGAUCAUGACAGCAGAACUGGUACAAAUACUGAGACUGUUUAAGUUUUAAUGUUUGUUAUGGUGCAAAAGAGCCUCAACAAUAAUCAGUUUGUUGUAGCUGCUUUUUGGAUCGACUAGCAAAAGGGACACAUUUGUUUUAAAAUGUUUCAUAAAAAUAUUUUUA